UUCAUGCAAAGAGAGAGCUCUUACCCCAUUGAGGUCAAUCCAAUAAAUUCUGGGUAGGAGCUAAAAAAUGCUUUAAAUUUGUGGAAUCUAAAACUCUCUUUUAGCCCAAGGUAAUAAAAAAGGUUAAAUUGAGGGGUUUGCAAAAAUGGCCAUGACUACGAUUGGUUUAGUCCUCAUUCUUGUGUUGUAUUCAGCUUUGAUUAUUACGUGCAAUGCAGCUGUAGUUGGUGGCCUUCUUCCUCAACCUGCAGGUGCCAAUAAUAUUGCUGAUCAAACCAUUUUUAAUGUGUUGAAUUUUGGUGCCAAACCUAACUCAGAACUCAUAAGCACACAGGCAUUUAUGAGGGCAUGGCGAGCAGCAUGUGAUUUCAAUGGAAGAGCAAGAGUUUUUGUACCACCUGGAGUAUAUACACUAGCAGAGACCAUAUUUUCAGGACCAUGCAAAGGAACACAUCCUAUAAUGGUUCAAAUUGCAGGAACGUUAAAAGCAGUGGCUGAUGUUUCUGAAUAUUCAAACUUUGCUUGGAUUUCUUUUGAUUCAAUUAAUGGCAUUAUUAUUACUGGUGGAGGCACUUUAGAUGCUCAAGGUCAAGCUCUUUGGCAGUUUAAUUACUGUAAAACCAAUCUUAAUUGUGUCCACCUCCCUGCUACCUUAUUCUUCAAUGGUGUAGAGAACGGAAAAGUGAUGAGGCUGAAUUUGAUAAAUAGCAUGGGAUUUCAUAUACAUAUUACUAAUAGCUAUUUAGUAAGGUUCCAUGCCCUUAGCAUUGAUGCUCCAGAAAACAGCCCAAACACUGAUGGCAUACACAUAAGCAAAUCUAACACUAUAAAACUCUCCAGAAGUGUAAUUAGAACAGGGGAUGAUUGUGUCUCAUUUGGACAAGGAGCAAAUAAUGUGACCGUUAACAAAGUCACUUGUGGCCCUGGCCAUGGCAUUAGUGUAGGUAGUAUUGGUAAGUUGCCUGGCGAAUUAGAAAUUAAAGGACUCAUAGUGAAAAAUUGCACGUUGAGGGGCACAACAAAUGGUAUCAGAAUCAAAACUUUUGCAGGAGCGAAUCCUAACAGAGCAAUAGGGAUGAUGUUCAGCGAUAUUGUCAUGGAAAACGUUAAAAAUCCAAUCAUCAUAGACCAGAGUUAUGGUGAUAAAUCAACCGAGCCAUCACAAGUAAGAAUAAGUGAUGUAAUUUACCAGAAUAUAAGGGGAACAACAACAAGUGAAGUAGCAGUGCAAUUGAUGUGCAGUGCACGACUCCCUUGCCUAAAUGUUCGACUUACCAACAUAAAUUUGAAGCAUAUAGCAAAUACGCCAAUUACUUCUCAAUGUCAAAAUGCAAAUGUUGGCUAUACUGGCAUCCAAUUACCACCUCCUUGCCAUGGACCCUCUUCAUAGUUUUGGAGUAAAAGAAACAAAGGAGAAAAUGCAGAAAUCUAAUCUCCACCAAAACCUAUAGUUUAAUGGUAUCCGUACAAGUCUUUCACAUAUAUAUAUAUAUAUAU